AAUGAAAGGAUAACCAUGAUUAUGUUGUAUUCUACAGCUUCACUUGUCAGGAACUCGAGACUCCGGCAGUCAACGAAGACACAAUGCUUAUUUCAACAGCCAGGUGCAACUUUAUUUGUGCAAAAGCAGAAGUUAUUCUGUUCCCAGACUGACCAGUCCAGUGAUAAUACCAACAGUCAACAGUUUGAUGAACGUCUGCUUCAAGUACUUGUAUGCCCUCUCUCAAAGCAACCAUUAAGGUAUGACAAGGCCAACAAUGAGCUGGUGAGUGAAAGUAUAGGAGUGGCUUAUCCAAUCAAAAAUGGGAUUCCAAACCUUGUACCUCAGGAUGCAAGAACAUUUGAAAAACCUACAGAAAUUGACACAUGACAGUGUAAAGGAUUUGUAAAAUAGAAAUGGCAUUUUGUGAUAUUUAAAUUUGAGAUUUGGGUGUGUUACAGUGCUACAAAAAGGCUCAUGCUGCCUUGUAAAUUUUAGAGUUUAACAGAAAGUUGAGUUCACAGUUAGGGAUUAAAAACAUCUAACUGAUUAAAUGGCAGUCAGGAAAUAGGCAGUUUAAUUUAGUGAUUUAACCU